CCCAUCAAUCUGUAUCGGACAGUCUGAUUCAUAUUACUCGGAUAAAAUGGGUCAGGGACCUUCUUCUGGAGGCCCUCCGCCAACUCUCGAACAGCUCAAUCGCACCCUGGCGCAGCGCUUUGCGCAAAAGUCUUACACACCUCUCGAGCUCUACUGCUUCAAUGACGUCUUCCGCUCACUCGCAGACACGCAGUCCGGGGUCAAGUAUUGGAGCGAAUCCACAUUAUGUCGCUUUCUCGAGUUGCCAGACGCUUUGGGCGUGGGACCCGUCAUCUUCCACAUGGCUAGCUUUUUGGGCGCCUUUCCGUUUCCGAGCCAGGCUCCGGCAAUCCUGACAUAUGAUGCCUUGCUCAAGGUCGUGACUAUCUUGACGGAGCGUUAUGGUUCGGUGCUCAAGAAACGCAAUCGCGAGCUCUGGUUGCGUGAGCUGUAUCGAAGUCUCUCUGUGUACGACAAGGGCGUGCGGUCGAGUGUUGAAGACAAGGAGAAAGAGCUGGAUGGUAAGAAGAAAAUGCCGACCACUGGAAACCAGCAGGGCUUUGCGGUUGAUGCACCCGAAGAUGGAGAUGACGAAGAGGAAGAUGAUGAGUUGGUCCUCGCGGCCCUGGACUCCAUGGAUGCGAUCGAAGUGUUCAAGCAUGGAGAGCAUUCGGACGUCCACCACUCCAUCAUACCGACCGACAAUCUCUUGAAGCUAGUCGAGCUUCUCUUGCUCAUCGCUCCCAUGGACGCCCAGGAGAGUCUGUCGUCAUUCGCUGGCAAAAUCACCGAUGAGCGCGUAGAAGAUCUCAGGCGGACGGCAAACAUCAUAUUAUCUUCAUUCGGUGUAGAGAACAACCCCGGGGUCGACUACCGCACAUUCACCACGGUCGUCUCCACAUGCCUGCCCUACCUCUUUGACGGACUCAACCCUCUCUUCGAGCAUUUCCUCUUCGCCAAAAACCUCGACCUCUCCAAACGCAAACCAACCACCGACACCACACCCUCGGAACCUCCACACCCAACCCCCAUCGCAGACCCCGAACCCAUCCUCAGCGACCCCAGCGAAAUCCUCACCCACACCACCCUAACCCACCUCUCCUUCUUCAUAAAAGGCAGCAACCUCUUCCGCCGCCUGCGGCCCCUCUACAGCGGCAACACGCACGGCUUCAGCAUGCGCGCCUUCGAAAAACAAGUCUUCAACUGGCGCGCCCCAACCAUCCUCCUCGUCUCAGGCCGCCUCCUCCCAUCCACCCCAUCCAGCACCCGCGAACGCGCCCUCGCCGACUCCCUCCCCCCGCAGCGCCACCCCUCCAGCAUCCCCACAAACUCCCCCCAAUCCGCGACCCUCACAUACGGAGCAUACAUCCCCUCGCAGUGGAAAACCACCCCCAAAACCCCCUUCGGCGACACAGACACGAAACUCUUCCAGCUCUCCCCAACCCACGACGUCUUCCCCGCUUCCGCGUAUAGUAAAGACUACAUCGCAUUUACCCGCUCCUCCUCCUCUUCUUCUUCUUCUUCUUCUUUCUCAGGCAUAAACUUCGGCUCCCCUAUCCCCCCCUCUUCCUCCUCCUCUUCUCACACUACCUCCACCCCACUGAAACGUCUAGGCCCAAUAUCCCUCUCCCUAGACGACAGCCUCGAAUUCGCAAUCUUCACGCACAUAUCUUCUUCUUCGCCAACCGGCGGUUCCUUUACCCCUUCGUCCCUACCUUCCCGCCGCUCCGCCUCGUUCCAGGACCGCUUCGAGAUCGACGAGCUCGAGGUGUGGGGGUGCGGCGGGGACGACGUGGCCGCGGCGCAGCGCCGCGAGUGGGCGUUUGAAGCUAGGGAGGCGGAAGCACGACGGAGAAUUAAUCUUGGGACGGGGGAUGUCGAGGCUGAUCGGGAGUUGUUGAAGAUGGCUGGGUUGAUUGGUGGGGGGAGGAGUGGCGGGAGUGUUUAG